UGGCAGCUGAGCACAUGAAUUUGUCUUAUUGGGCUCUCUGAUUGGCUGAGACUGUGAGAAACUCCACUCAGACCAAGACCCACACAUUCAUAUGGAGAUGUGGGACUAUAAAUAGGAGGGAUGAAGCCAGCAGAGAUCAGAUUCUCUCUACAGAGACCUCUACAGCACAGAGAGCCAGCCAUGGCACCUACCAUCACUGCAGCUAUGACCAAUUCUCAGGAGCAUCUCACUCUGACCCACAAGCUCAGAAAGCCUCUGGUGGAGAAGUUACGCAGAGAGCGAAUCAACAGCAGCAUCGAGCAGCUCAAGUCUCUCCUGGGUCCAGACUUCCUCAAACAGCAGCCAGACUCCAAGCUGGAGAAAGCAGACAUCCUGGAGAUGACAGUUUGUGUCCUGAGACGACUGCAGCAGCAGCAUCAACAGCAGAGAAGACUGCUGAACCACGUCAACAAGCUGCAGUCUUCCUCUGACAACAACCUGACAGAGGCUGACUUCUCUCCUCUGAGCUCCACAGUCCACACCAGCAUCACCAAAGACAAGAGUCCAGACAACAGCUCCCUCUGGAGGCCGUGGUAGACACCAACUCACUGGAGUUACUGCCACACAAACUCUCAUGACCACAUUGGUCAAAGAUUACUGGACUGAAUCCUUUGAAAUUUGAUGGACUUGUUCUUCUGUAUGUACAGAAGGCUGUAUUUUGUGUAUUGAGUUUGUUCAAGAUGACAUUUCCUGAGGAAAUGACAGCAACAAUAUCUUUCAAGUUGAGAAAGAGAACCUCUUGUCAUGCAUGUUGCAUGAACAACAUCUGAUUGCAUCAGCAAUUAUUAAUCUUUU